ACCGACGCUCGCGACUGUUGCGUGCACGGUCAGCUAGUCUUAAUUUCCAAACAGCAAUCUAGCAGGUUUGUUCGUUCCGUAAUAAAGUACCAAGUUAUCCUCUGAAUCCCUAUCGCUAGAAAGGCCUUGGUUCGGUGACAAGCCGCUUCCGGGCCGGUGGGAUGGCGCAAUGCCUGCAGUCCGUGCAGGAGUUUAUUCAAGAUGCUUUCGUUCCCCUUGUGGCCGUGCUGUGCAGCGAGGAAGCAGAGAAAGUGACUCGGAAAAAUGAACUGAAUUUUGAAGAACUGGUCCGUCCGUUCUGUCGACUCACAUCAGAAGUUCAUAUGCGGGAUCCCAAUAAUCAGAUCCAUGUCAUUAAAGGCUUGAAGAUAAGCAUUAACAACAUUGUCACACAGCCACCUCAGCCAGGAGCCAUUCGAAAACGUUUGAAUGAUGUGGUAUCUGCCUGUCAGCCUGCUGAUGGAUUAGUUGCUAAUGUAAUUACUGCUGGAGAUUAUGAUCUAAAUAUCAGUGCUACUACUCCUUGGUUUGAGGCGUACAGAGAGAACUUCUUUCAGACGACUUCUGCAUCCGACCAUGAAUUCUUAAAUCACUAUCUUGCAUGCAUGUUGGUAGUUUCAUCUAGAGAACCGGAACCUAUAGAGCAGUUUCUGAAGCUGUCACAAGAGCAACACCGAAUUCAGCAUAGUAGUGAUUAUUCCUACCCUAAGUGGUUUAUACCAAACACAUUAAAAUAUUAUGUGUUGUUACACGAUAUCAGUGAAGGAAAUGAACAAAGAGUUGAUUCAGUUUAUGAAGAAAUGAAGCAAAGAUAUGGAAGUCAAGGCUGCUAUUUACUUAAAAUAAAUUCCCGAACAUCUGUCAAGGGAUCAGAGGAGCAAAUACCAGAUCCUUGGAGUCAGUAUCUUCACAAGCAUUCUUUGCAGAAUCAGGAUUCAUAUGAAGAUGGUAUAAAUGCUUUGAUUAUGAAUAAGAAUGCCGAAAACAGUUUCAUCACAUCACUCGAUGGUCUGGAACAUAUUGUUAAAGAUGGUGUACCAAAUAACUUCAAAUCCCAUCCUCUUCAGCUCGAUAAUGUUACUGAUCCUGUGGGACAUUCAGAUAAUCCUGAGCCUGCAAAAUCCACGGGAUCACUGCAAGAUGUAAAGAAGCAAAACAGUGUAACUGCCCAUGGCACAUGCUUAACACUAAAUGACCAUGAUCGCAUUAGGCAGUUCAUUCAGGAGUUCACAUUUAGAGGACUUGUACCUCAUAUUGAAAAGACUAUACGACAACUAAAUGAUCAGCUGGUAUCCAGAAAAGGUCUGAGUCGUUCUUUGUUCACUGCAACUAAAAAGUGGUUUAGUGGCAACAAAGUACCUGAGAAAGGUGUAAAUGAAGUGAAAAAUACAGCUGGCCUUCUGCUGUAUGCACUCUUCACUGAUCAAGAACUUGUUUAUAUUUUGUUUGCUGAAAUGGCUGCUGUCUCUGCAUUUCUUCAGCCCGGAGCCCCAAGAUCUUACCCUGCCCAUUAUAUGGAGAAUGCAAUUCAGAUUUAUAAGGACUGCAGGUGUAUGGUACUUGCUGAAAGAUGUACCCUGCUUAGUGCUGAAAUUCUAAAAAGCCAAGGGAAGUAUUCAGAUGCUGCAGCUAUUCUUAUUCGUAUGACUAGUGAGGACUCUGAUCUUCGCAGUGCCCUUUUGUUAGAGCAGGCUGCGCAUUGUUUUAUUAAUAUGAGAAAUCCAAUGGUGAGGAAGUUUGCCUUUCAUAUGAUACUGGCUGGUCAUCGAUUUAGUAAAGCAGGGCAGAGAAAACAUGCCUUGCGAUGCUAUUGUCAAGCCAUGCAAGUAUACAAAGGAAAAGGCUGGAGUCUUGCAGAAGACCAUAUUAACUUCACAAUUGGUCGUCAGUCUUUUACUUUACGGCAACUUGACAAUGCAGUUUCAGCUUUCAAACACAUCUUAAUCAAUGACAGCAAACAGCCAGCAACACAGCAAGGUGCUUUUCUAAGAGAGUACCUUUAUGUUUAUAAGAGCGUCAGCCAGUUAUCUCCUGAAGGGCCUUUACUGCAGCUUCCCUUGCCUUGCAUAAAUAGCUCAGCAACACGAGUUUUCUUCGGUCAUUAUAGGCGACUAGCAGAAGGUGAGAAGCAGGCAGCUACCCAUGUCAGUCUUGACCAAGAAUAUGAUGCUGAAUCUUCACAGCAGUGGAAGGAACUUGAGGAGCAAGGUGUAUCUGUCAUUUAUAAAGGAACACUGCCACCAAAUUUUCAGACAACACAAUACUGCUUGAAUAGCCAAACCGACAAUUCAAGAUACUCUCUUGCAGUAGUUGAAGAACCCAUUACGGUAGAGGUAAUAUUCAAAAACCCACUGAAAGUCCCACUUCUGCUGACUGACUUAUCGCUACUAUGGAAAUUUAUGCCUUUAGAUUACAGAGACUUUCCAAAUGAAGAAAAAGAAUUAAUCAGCAAUGAAAAGGAUAGUCAUGCAAAGGUUCCUUUUGGAAAUGAGAUAACUGGCACAGAAGUAAUACCUGAAUUCGUAAUAAACGGAGAAGAGAUAAAACCAGCACGGUUGAAACUGUUUCCCCAUCAGACAGGAGAGUUGCAUAUUCUUGGAGUUGUUUACAAUCUUGGAACUACUACUGCCAAUAUUUCAAAUGCAAUUGAUGGAACAGACCCUACUGCUGGAACACAAGCAGGAAAAUUUAUGAACAAUUUCCUGUCAGUACGUGGGAAACAAGAUUUAGAAAUCCAGGGCCCUCGUCUUAAUAACACUAAAGAAGAAAAAACCUCAGUCAGAUAUGGUCCUGAUCAUCGGUUGGAUCCCAUUAUUACUGAACCAAUGCCAUUAUUGGAGGUGUUCUUCAUUAAUUUCCCAACUGGACUACUUUGUGGAGAAAUCAGGAAGGCAUAUGUAGAAUUUAUGAAUGUGAGCAAGUGCCCUCUAACAGGACUGAAAGUGAUAUCACAGCAUCCAGAUUUCUUUACUUUUGGUAGUAGUACUGCUUCCUUAACACCCCAGAGUCCUACAGCUUCUGAAAACUGUAGUGCUUACAAAACUGUAGUGACAGAUUCUACCUCUACAUGCACAGCACUGACAUCUUUAGUAUCACCUAUGGACUUUGGGGUAGAUUCUGAGAACCCUCCCGGGGUGAUAGAUGUUCCUCUUCCAAACUCUGAACUUUUGCCUGGAGCUUCUGUUCAACUACCUUUGUGGUUACGUGGACCAGAUGAAGAAGGUGUUCAUGAAAUAAACUUUUUAUUUUAUUAUGAAAGCACUGAAAAACAAUCAAAAAUGAGCCAUAGAGUAUUAAGGCACACGGCAGUGAUUUGCACUAGCAGAUCUCUAAGCGUAAGGGCUACAGCUUGUAGAAGCAAUGCUCUUGAGGAUGAAGAAGGCAGUGCAAGCAACAUGCUGGUGUUCCUGGAUGUGGAGAACACAAACACUAGUGAAGGUGUCCGAGAAUUCCACAUUGUUCAGGUGUCGAGUGGCAGCAAAUGCUGGAAGCUGCAGAAGUGCAUAAGUCCUUUAGAAGAUAAAGAUUCAAAACUUACUAGCAGAGAACGGGCAAAGCUGUGCUUCAAGGCUUCUAGAUGCAGAAAUACAGAAACUACCUCAUGCUUAUCUGAAAAGUAUGUUUUUGCAGAUCUUGUUCUUGGAAAUGAGCAGAUAAUCAGUGCAACCACACCUUGUGCUGACUUUUUCUUCCAAAAUGCCCGUAUGUUAAAAUCAAAGACAUCCCCAUUGCAAGCAAAUGUGCAGACUUCUCAAACUCCAGGAAAGCAAUCUGUCAGAGAUUCGCUGACUCUGGUACAGCAGUGUCAUGAGGUGGAACUUAACAUCAUAGUAUUAUGGAAGGCAUAUGUUGUAGAAGACAACAAACAACUCAUUUUAGAAGGCCAGCUUCAUGUCACGCUUCAUUCAAUUGGAAAAGAAGCAUGUUCUUUCCUUCAAAAGCAGGAAUCACAAGAAAUGGUUGUGUUAAAAUUUAUCAGACCAGAACAUCCACCUGUGCCUCCAGUACCAUCCUUGGAUCAGCUUUCUCACCUUAUAAAGACAAGUCUACAUUACCCAGAGUACUUCAGCCACCCCUUCCAGGAGAAAAGCCUUUGUUUGGUGCCUGUUGAUCUAGUGCUGUCUAAUUGCUCCCAAGCAGAUGUUGACGUAAUAAUUGAUUUAAGGCAUAAAUCUACAAGUCCAGAAGCACUGGAAGUACUUGGUUCCUUUACAUGGCUUGGGAAGACGCAGCACAAGCUUCAGAUGAAAGGCCAAGAAGUGUACAGACUGCACCUUAAAGCUUGUUUUAUUCAUGCAGGAGUGUAUAAUCUGGGAACCCCCAGAAUAUUUGCAAAGCUGUCAAACCAAGUAACUUUAUAUGAAACAAAGCAGAACUCGGUGCCAGCACUGAUUAUUAUCAGUAACAUCUGACCUAAUAAGGAUAUACUGGAAACAGAAGACAUCAACACUUAUUUUGCUUUGUUCUUAAACAUGUUUUCCACAUUUUAUUUUCAAGUUCCACAGCAGAAGUCUAACUUGUGAAAUGUUGUACAGAACACAUAGCAAAAUAAACUUGGUAUUUUAUAUUUCUUAAUGGAAGGCACUAUGGACUCAAUUUCAUAGGUAAGAUUUGGGGAUACUAUUUAUCAUUCAUGUAUGGUUAUAUGUGGUAUUUUUAUGAUACAGAUGCUGAAAAUGGGCAGAUGGCACUUGGUAAGGCAGUUUUAUAGCUGCAUCAGCUACUUCCAGUGUGUGGCAUAAAGUCAUUAUUUCUUUGUAUUAAGGGGGGGUUAAAAUAAAAUGCAAAUUUAGUUUGCCCUUUUCUCAUUCCUUUUUCUCAGUGUAAAUCGGAAAUUAUUUUGGGUCGAGUAUGCAUCAAAAAUUCAGUUUUUCUUAAAUCUUAAUGCAUUUUUUUAAUCAAAACUUUGGGUGCAUUUUCCUUAACAAUUCUUUAUAUUCAAAUUGAAGUCUUAACAGCUACUGACAAGCCCCAUGUAUUUGGACGGCCAUUUUAUACCCGUUUUGCACAUAAUUUUUGUCGUUUCUGCCUGGAAAUAUUUUGAAUGUUUUUCUCACCUCCAAGAUUUUAUUUUCAGUUUAUUAUGUAACUAACAGUUGAGUUACUCUGUUAUUUAAAAUAUCUGCACAAAAAAUAAUUAAAAAUAACAUUUUUGAGAAAUGAUGUAUAUUUAUAAUGUAUUGUAAAUAGAAUAAACUGUAAACAGUAA